GCUCCUCCCCCACCAGCUCUUAUUUCCGAUGCACGUACUGCCCGUACACUGUGUCCUGGGGCACCCCAGUCCGCAGCAUGGCUUCCCCGGGCCCCAGCCCCCGGGCUGCUUUGUUGAUCCCAGCCCCUGCUGCGCAGCUGCUGCUGUUCCAGCUGCUCCUAGCUUCUGCUCAUCCCCAGGGCCUGUCCGGGAUGCCGGGGGAGCCCUCCUUGGGAGAAAGUUCUUCUGGGGAGGAUGAUCUGGGCUUGGAGAAUCUGCCCAGUGAACAGGACGCACCUGGAACGCUGGAUCCUCCUGGUGGAGAGGACGCACCUGGAGCGAAUUCUAAAGCCGGGAAGGAGGAUUCCCUCAAGUUAGAGGGUCUCCUCACUGUGGGGGCUCCUAAGGACAGUCAAAGUCCCCACCGGGAUGAAAAAGGGAGUGGCCACAGUCUUUGGAGCUAUGGAGACACCCUACUCUGGCCCCAGGUGUCCCCGGCCUGUGCUGGCCGCUUUCAGUCCCCCGUAGAUAUCCGUCCGGAGCUCACCGUCUUCUGCCGCGCUCUGCAACCCCUGGAACUCGUCGGCUACGGGCGCCAGCCUCGCCAGGAACUGAGCCUCUGCAACAACGGCCACACGGUGCAGCUGACUCUGCCGCCGGGUCUGAGGAUGGCCCUGGGACCGGGGCAGGAGUACCUGGCCCUGCAGCUGCACCUGCACUGGGGAAGUUCGGACCGCCCAGGAUCAGAGCACACUGUCAACGGCCACCGGUUCCCUGCUGAGAUCCACGUGGUCCACCUCAGUACCGCUUUCUCGGAACUCCGUGAAGCCUUGGGUCGCCCAGGAGGCCUGGCUGUUUUGGCUGUCCUUCUGCAGGAGGGCCCAGAGGAAAACAGCGCCUAUGAACAAUUGCUGUCACAUUUGGAAGAAAUCGCUGAGGAAGGCUCCAAGACUGAGAUCCCAGGUCUGGAUGUCUCUGCCCUGCUGCCCUCGGACCUCAGCCGGUACUACCGAUACGAAGGAUCUCUGACUACCCCUCCCUGUAGCCAGGGAGUCAUCUGGACUGUGCUCAACCAGACAGUGAAGCUGAGUGCUUCGCAGCUCCAUACUCUCUCUGUUUCCCUGUGGGGACCUCAUGAUUCUCGGCUACAGCUGAAUUUCCGAGACACACAGCCUUUGAAUGGGCGAAUGAUUGAGGCUUCUUUUUCUGCUGGAGUGGACAAUAGCCCUGAGCCAGUCCGUAUGAAUUCCUGCCUCGCUGCUGGUGACAUUCUAGCCUUGGUGUUUGGCCUUCUUUUUGCUGCCACCAGUAUCGCCUUCCUCAUACAGAUGGGGAGGCUGCACAGUUCCUUGUUCUAUAGGCACAGAAGUGGGAUCAAAGAUAGAGUUAGCUACAGCCCAGCAGAAAUGACAGAAACUGGAGCCUAAUAAGGAGAAGCCAGCUAGAGGAAUCUGGAAACCUUGUCCUGCCAUUAUACAGCUUUUUUAAUCACUAAGAAAUAAUUUCCAUCUUCUUAAUUUUCUUCUUUUCCUUAAAGAAAUGCAAUGGAAACGUAUAAUGAAAAGGCAAGACUGGACUUAAUUCUUGCUCCUUUCUUGUUUGUUUUAUGAGACACAGGGUUUCUCUGUGUGCCCUGGCUGUCCUGGAACUCAUUCUGCAGACCAGGCUGGCCUUGAACUCAGAGAUCCAAUUGCUUCUGCCUCCUGAGUGCUGGGAUUAAAGGUGUGUGCCAUCACUGCCUAGCAAUUCUUGUUCUCACUAUGCUCUACCACUGAGCAGUAUAGCCCUUGAUCUUGCUAUGUAGCCCAGGGUGGCCUUGAACUGUGUGCGUGUGUGAUAAUGGAGUUUGAACCCAGGCCCUUGUACAUACUAGACAAGUGUUCUACCACUGACCUUCCAGGCCCUUUCCUUGAGCUCCCUAGGCUCCUGUCUCAGACUCUUGAAUGCUGGGAUUACAGGCAUGUGCUCCUGCCUGGCUCAUCCUGAUUAUUUAAAAAAAUAAAUAUUUCUAAUAAAACACAUGUAGUUGCCUUUGUUCCUCGAAUUGAAA